AUGGCUAAGUUCUUCAUUCCUCAGAUGCAGAGCAAUGGAUAUCUCUACGGAAUCAAUCACAACAGAUACAUGGUGACAGACACAUCUGUGUAUCUAGGGAAUUUAAACUGGGUGGGCAACGAGUUUGUCUACAACGCCGGUGUUGGGAUGGUGAUCAGUCAGCAGGUGGAGCAGAACAACUCGACUGUAGUUGAACGGAUGAAAGCUGUCUUUGAACGAGACUGGCAUUCCCACUACAGUAAAACUCUCCAGCCAAACAAGAUCCCAGCGUGCAGCAUGCACACAUUCAAAGAGCAGCCUGCGGCAAGCGAUGCUGUCUGA